AUGAGUGUUGGUGUUUGCCUCAUUACAGCCGUUAAAAAUAUGGUUAGUGAGAGGCAGAAGCAGAUUGAAGCUCUUAAUGAUAUUUCGAAUUCCAUAGAUGCAACUAUAGAUGAAUGUCAGUCCGCUAGGCAAAAUAAAGAAGUCGAGAUUGCAGUCCUAAACCAAGCUAUUAGCUUUUUAGAUGAUCACAUCGAAGCGGCUAAAUUGAGCCUCGCCGAAGUCGCUCAUAAAUUCAACAAUAUUGUCAAAGAUACCGAAGGCGAUCAGUUUUCGUCUCAUUCGAAAUUCAUUAAACUUGGUCGACAGUUCCAGAGUCUUAUAUCCGCCCACGAAUUAAGGCUAAAAAAAGUCGAGGCUCUACACCACCUGGCUAUUGAAGCUCAUGAUAGCUGGAAACUGCGUUAUGAAGAGACACUUCCUUCUUACUUUGCUACUUACGUAUAA